UCCAUGGAAUCAAUGGAGCCGGAGGUGGUUGCGGGGAUGAAGCAGAAGAAGUGCUGCCCGCUCCGGCGGUCGCGCAAGGGCUGCAUGAAGGGCAAGGGCGGCCCCGACAACCAGCAGUGCCCCUUCCGCGGCGUCCGCCAGCGCACCUGGGGCAAGUGGGUCGCCGAGAUCCGCGAGCCCAACCGCGGCGCCCGCCUCUGGCUCGGCACCUUCGCCACCGCGCUCGACGCCGCGCGCGCCUACGACGCCGCCGCCAGGGCGCUCUACGGCGACUGCGCCCGCCUCAACCUCUCAGCGUCGCCGUCCCAGGUGCAGGUGCAGGUGCAGGUGCAGCUCCCGCCAGCUCAAGGCAGUGGAGCCAACGGUAACUCGCCGCCGGGGACGCCGUGUUGCUCCUCCAACAACUCCAACUCCAACUCCAGCGCGUCCACCCCGACCGGGACCCCCACGGACGUGGACUGCAGCAACUGGAUGCAGCCGUCUUACUGUUACGGCACGGCGGAGGCGCCGGAGGACUUCGAGGCGUACGUGACGCGGCUGCCCAAGGCGGAGGACUUCGGACUGGAGGGGUUCCAGGAGGUGCCUCUGGAGGUGCUGGCGGAAGCCGGAGGAGGGGUCAGCAUCUGGGACCUCUCCAUCGGCCCCGACAUGAUGGCAGCGGCAGCCGAUUCUUCAGCUGCUGCCUGCACCGUCCCGCAACAGCGGCUGCAGCAACCCACCUGCUGAGGUGCAGAUCCACAUAGAACGGAGUGGCGAUGAUACAUACUCCUAUAAUAUAUACUCCGGAGUGACAUGGAACGGAGUAUAUAUAGUACAUAUACCGCAUGCGGCAUGCAUGCUAGUUAACGGCGGUGGUGCAUGCAGCUGGAUAGCUAGUUUAGUUGAGUGUUUCCUUUUUCUCCAUCGUUGCAGUAGCAUACUAUAGCUUUAUAUCGGCGGCAGGUGGGCGUGCAAGUGUGUGUGUGAUAUAUUCGUGCAUGGGAGAAGGGGUAAUGAAAUGAUCAGUCUAGAUGUUGUGCCUGGUGCUAUUGGAGAUAUAACAGGAUUAGAAGCAUCUACAA